UGCUAGUUUGGAAAGAAAACUAUUUGUAUGUCCAUUUUUUUUCAUUCCGUCUUACUAAUUACAUUCUAUUUUCGUUUAUUCAACUUUUUUUUGUUUUUCAUUGAUCUGAUUUUUAUUUAUUCAGCUGAAAAUAUUAAUAAAACUAAUCUUCAAAUUUUUUUUUUUUUUGUUUUUAAAAUAAAUUUAAAAAUAAAAUUUUGUUUUCUAAAGAUGACAUUUCCUUCAUUCUAUCUCAUUAUAAAACAAUGUCAUAAUCAAUGGCGUUCAUCAUUAUUUCGUACAAUUAUUGUUAUUAAUCAACGACAAUUAUCAACAAUAGGAAAUGAAAAAAAAGAUUCUCAAAGACAAGAAAAGGAAAUUCUUGUACAAUCUCAAUAUAAUCAAAUUCAAGUAACUAAAUUUACACAAAAAGCACAACAAGCUGCUAAAGAUACGGUUUAUUCGCUUGUUGUCGUAGCUGGAGUUGUUGCAUUAGGUGGAUUAUGUUAUCUAAUGCUACACGAACUCUACUCAAGAGAAACACCUAAUGGUAUUUAUAAAGAAGCAUCGAAUAUUUGUUUAGCUAAUACUGAUGUACAAGAAGCAUUAGGUAAACCAAUUAUAGUACAUACAACACCUCAAAUUGGUUCCAUGCGGAUUAAUAAUGUUCGGUAA